AUAUUUGACAGAUAUUAUUUUUCAAUGAAUCCUACCUUCUAUUUCUUGGUAUUAAUUUCCUUUAAUUACCAUAAAAUCAGGUUAUUUUGAGCCAAAAGCGCUUAGAAAUUUCAAUAUCUUUUCAAUCGGCACCUGUGAAAAUCCUGUAGACUGAUAAUUUAAACCAUACAGCACAACAUACAGCAGCGAACUAAUGUAUCGAUCGAAGACCUAACAAAAUAUCAACAAAAAUGGCAAAUGAGACCCCAGAGAGUGAUUUUUCGAUAGAAUGCUUCCAAAACUACUCCGCCCCGGAGGUUUUCGUGCAAGGUUUGGCGGGAAUGGUCGACCAGACCGACGUAGAAACCAUUAUACGGGCACAGAAAAACAUGCUACAACGCUUCGAGAAAACCACAGAAAUGCUAACAAACUGCAACCAGCUAUCUGCAAGUCGUCUGCGUGCUGCUUCCGUUGAAUUCAAGAAGCACACACAACUCCUCAUGGAGAUGAGAAAGGAUCUCGAGUUUAUAUUCAAGAAAAUAAGGGCUAUAAAAACUAAACUAAGUACCCAAUACCCUGAAGCAUACAAAUCUGCAGUAGCAGCAUCAAUAGCCAGCAGAAAACCUCUGGACGAAGAAGAAGAAGAUGAUUUCAAGCCUUCAGAGACCAGGAUAGAGUCCAAGAUGGUCGCUACCGUCUCCACAGAGACUUUGAAACCUACCACUAGUGACGAUAAGAAAAAAAAGAAAGUCAUCAAGCCACAAACCGAUGCAAGCAACAAUAAUAGCACUACUCAAGAUGGUCCCAGUGUUUCCAAUGCAGAAAUUAAACCAGAUAAUGUUAAAAAAACGAAAAGAAAUAGUAGUUCUUCAGAAACAGAAAGCGCAAGUUCUGGUGACGAUAGCAGCACUGACACAGGCUGAAGACUACGAUUUAAAAACUCGGUAUCAAACAAGUAUUAUUCUGAAGAUUGUAUGCUAAUCAUUGCCAGUGAAAAGCCUAAUUUAGGACUAAGAAAAGUUACUAUGCAUGGUAUAGAAAAGUAUUAUAUUUAAAGGAUUCUCAUUAUUCAAGUUACAAACUUACUUGUUAUUGAAAAU